GCCCAGUCCCGACCAUCCUGUGCAAGUGUCUCGACGGCGCUUGCGCACAACGAAGCCUGAGUUGGGGCGGGGGGGGGGAAACGAGGCGACGAACCCCACAGAAACCUGAGGCGUAUCCCCCCGCAGAGGAGUUCCAGGCAGCAGCGAGCGAGUCCGUCGGGGCGUGGUUGCUCGUGAACUUCUUGCCGCCGUCGACCCCGAGGACCACCACGCUCCAGCGCAGCUAUGAAUCUGGAGCGCGUGUCCAAUGAGGAGAAGCUGAACCUGUGCCGGAAGUACUACCUCGGUGGAUUUGCGUUCCUGCCUUUUCUUUGGUUGGUCAACAUUUUCUGGUUCUUCAGAGAGGCCUUCCUCGCCCCAGCCUACACAGAGCAAAGCCAAAUCAAAGGCUAUGUGUGGCGCUCAGCAGUGGGCUUCCUCUUCUGGGUGAUUGUUCUCACCACCUGGAUCACCAUCUUCCAGAUCUACCGGCCCCGCUGGGGUGCUCUUGGGGACUACCUGUCCUUCACGAUCCCUCUGGGCACUCCCUAGCUGCACAAGCUGGUGAUCUGUUCUUUCUCCCAAGAUGUGCUUCUCCACUCUAAGCUUUUUCUCAGAUCCCGAAGACUGUUUCCCAUUUCCCAUCUGCCCCAAUAAAGGACCCUAACUUUAAA